AUGGCACUUCGCGCCCGCAACGAAGAUGGGACCUCCUACUCCGUCACCGACAUAGGCCGGGACUUCCUCCGGAUAGGCGGCGGCUACUCUCCACUAGGCGCAGGCCACUACAUGGUGCGCAUAAUGCUCUCUGGAACCAUGUCCUCCAUCUGUAUGGGCCUCUGCGGAGCAGCCAUUGGCGGGACCCUCAUAGGCACCGCUGCCCUGCCCUUUCUCGUCUGUGCUUGUGGAGGCUUCGUCUUCGGAGCAUGGGGCUACUACCGCACGAGUCUACGAGAGAGCAUGGUUAUGCUUGAGAGGUACCCUCGGCUCCUGCAACUACAUUUGGAUGCCAACUUUCCGCAGAAGAACUUUUUGAGCUGGCGGCGGGAUCAAUUGAGGGCUGCGGAGUUCUCGGGGAGUUGGGCAUUGCAGAGUAUGCUGAUGGUUGCUUGGCUCACUGCACAACCUGCCGUUAAUAAAGUCUUCGAAGAGCGAGAGCAGCAGCUGGUGGACGAAGCGAGGAGCGAGAUUUUGCUUGAGGCCAAGGAGCAAGCAUCGAUCUCUGAAAGCUAA